CAGGCCCAGCCCCAGCCCCCCCCCAAGAUGGCGGCGGGGGCGACGGCCACGCUGAGGCCGAGGGCAGCUGGCUCGGCCCGCGGGCCCCCGCUCGGCCUGGCCCUCUGGCUCCUGGCCGGCCUGGCGGCCCCAGGAUCCGCCCUCUACUUCCACAUCGGCGAGACGGAGAAGAAGUGCUUCAUCGAGGAGAUCCCGGACGAGACCAUGGUCAUAGGGAACUACCGGACCCAGCUGUACGACAAGCAGCGGGAAGAAUACCAGCCCGCCACCCCGGGACUCGGCAUGUUUGUGGAGGUGAAGGACCCCGACGACAAGGUGAUCCUGUCGCGGCAGUACGGCUCCCAAGGCCGCUUCACGUUCACCUCACACACCCCCGGAGAGCACCAGAUCUGCUUGCAUUCCAACUCCACCAAGUUCUCCCUCUUUGCCGGAGGCAUGCUGAGAGUCCACCUCGACAUCCAGGUGGGUGAACACGCCAACGAUUAUGCCGAGAUCGCCGCCAAGGACAAGCUGAGUGAGCUGCAGCUGAGGGUCCGGCAGCUGGUGGAGCAGGUGGAGCAGAUCCAGAAGGAGCAGAAUUACCAGCGGUGGCGGGAAGAGCGUUUCCGCCAGACGAGCGAGAGCACCAACCAGCGCGUCCUGUGGUGGUCCAUCGCCCAGACUCUCAUCCUCGUGGCCAUCGGCGCCUGGCAGAUGAGGCACCUCAAGAGCUUCUUUGAAGCCAAGAAGCUGGUGUGAGGGGGUCCGUCCCCCCGCCCCCCACACCGCCCCAUCAUCGCCGCACAAGUUCAAGGCGGGGCCGGGGCAGUGCCAGCCCCUCUCCCUCCCCCUCCAGCUCUGAAACUGGGGAGAAGGAGCUCCGGGGCAGCCCGCUUCACCCCGCCCCCACCCCGGGGCCUGGGAGGGACCUUCCGCUCCGAGCCGGCGCCGGGGGUGGCUUUCUCCAGCCAGUUCCUCUCCUGCUUCUUUGUCACCGGGAGGUGGGCACACCUCACUCAGCCCCCUCCCCGCCGAGGCCGACCACCCUCCCUCGGCUGACAGAUAUUCGGUCGCCGUGAGCGGCUCCACUCGCCCCUCGGGCCCGAAGGGCGGUCAGCGCGCGCUGCUGGGCCGUGUGCAGUAAUGGGCAACGGGGGGCAGCCUCUUGGCAAUUGGGGGGGGACCGGUGAACCCCGGAGGAGCGGGCGGGGGCCCCGUCGAGCACCUCAGAACCAGUGUUACCUAUCAGGGAUGUGCGUCUGUCUGUCCGUCCGUCCGCCAUCCAGUUUUGGCUUUCCUUUUGUCUUCCUUUACUUCUGUUGACUCUCGCUUGGGGCUUUGCAGCGGGUCAGCCGGGAGGGUGGAGCGGCGAGGCGGUGUUACCUCCCCUCCACCCCCCACUGCUAAGGACGAUGUGCCCUUCUCAUCCGGCCCCCUUCUGGACGGGCACCGGCCUGCUCGUGGUGGGUCGUACACCCAGACCCUCAGAGCUAGGCCCCGGGAGGUCCCGAACGGCGUGUGGUAAACCCCGGCCUGAAGGCCUGGAAAAGCUCCGUUGCCACCUCCGCCCGCAUCGCGCAUCGCUUAGCCAGCAGAGGGGACCCCCCCACGGGGAUCUGGGGUCCCGGCCCCACAGACUGUCCCGCCUGGAGGCCGUGGGAUCGGGGCAGGGGAGGCCUGAGGGAGCAGCAUCGGGGUGGGUACGAAUGGGUGGCGAGCAACGCCCGAGACCCCGGAAGGGGAACUGGGGCAACAGGGAUCUCUCUUUGUUACUGACUUUGUUUUGGAAUAAUUUUGGGUUUGUUACAUGGUUUUCCCAAUAAAGAUUUUCUUUAGGGCCC